AUGACGAUAGUGUCGGAACGAGAACAACUGGCAUGCCUAGUGCAACAAUGGAACGAGAACCGUCUCGAUCUAUUCCACCUCUCCUAUCCGACAGAAGACCUCGAAGUGGAAGGUGUUAUGAGGUUCUAUUUCCAGGAUGGCGGUGAAAAAGUGCUCACAAAAUGCGUUCGAGUCUCUUCAACAGCCACCACCCGAGCAGUAGUCGAUGCCUUGUCUGAGAAAUUUCUACCCGAUCUGAAAAUGCUGUCGAAUGACACUUACUCGCUAUGGGAAGUACACGAAAAUGGAGAGGAGCGGCGACUAGGAGAAGAAGAGAAACCCCUUGUUGUCCAGUUACAGUGGCACAAGGAUGACAGGGAAGGAAGGUUUCUAUUGAAAAAGGAUAAAUCUGCUCCGGUGCCUUUGAAUACUCUCCAGGAAGCCGAUCAAAAAGGUUCCCGAUUUGCCAAAAAGAAAGACAAAGAGCCGAAAAAGAAACACCAGAAAGAGUUUGUUCAUGUAAAUGGUGGUCGAGAAGAAGCGCAAUCUCAAGAUGACAUCUAUAAACAAGUGCCAUUUAACACAUUCACUCGAACUAUCUCGAAUCCAGAAGCAGUUAUGCGGAAGAGAAGAGAGAAAAAGUUAGAGACAAAGUUGAAGGAGAUGACUUUUGGUGGAAGUCUAAAAGUAUAUGGUGGAGAAAUCGUUCCGACCCGUCCGUACGUUUCGAUAUUGGCAGAAAUCAAUGAAACCGCUGAUCGGAUUCUGAUAGCAGCAUUGGAGAAAUACGGAUUAGAACAAUCGAAAGACGACUUCAUUCUGGUCGAGGUAUCGAAUGACGACGAACGGAAGAGUAUGUCAGAUUUACGAGACGUCGAUGGGCGGCCGAUACCGCCAACUGAAAGUCCACUAUUCGAGAUGACAGCUCGUGGAAAUGGUGAACAUGGAUUCGACUCAUUUUUGGCAAUUAAACGAAAACCACAUGACUAUCAAGUACCAUCCACUUCAGUUCCUUCUUCGGUCACUCUUCCAAUGUCUCCAUUAACAUCGUCUUUCCCGACCCAAACCAACGGUUUGCCGAUGCUAAUUGUGAUGGGAAAUGAUGGACAACUCUCCACUCAUUGGAUAUCACUUCACGAAGGCGUCACAGAAGUCGGAAGUGACAGCCAAAUGUCGAACUUCUCACAACACAAUAUUUAUCUCGAUGGCCAUGAUAUCCGCGGUAGACACGCUGCAAUAGCUUUUAUGGAAGGCGUAGUCACAUUGACACCUUCUACACGCGAUGCUUAUAUAGAGGUGAGAUAA